AUGUCUAACGGAAUCACCGAAGUCGACGCCAACUUGAUCGAGAGUAACUACGACAAUGUCGUCUACAACUUCGACGACUUGAACUUGAAGCCUGAGAUCGUCAGAGGUAUUUUCGGUUACGGUUACGAAGCUCCUUCUGCCAUCCAGCAGAGAGCCAUUUUGCCCAUCACCGAGAAGAGAGACGUCUUGGCCCAAGCCCAAUCCGGUACCGGUAAGACUGCCACCUUCACCAUCUCUGCUUUGCAAAACAUUGACGAGAACGAGAAGGCCACCCAGGCCUUGAUCUUGGCCCCUACCAGAGAGUUGGCCUUGCAGAUCCAAAACGUCAUCUCCCAGAUCGGUAUGUACUUGAACGUCUCUGUGCACGCCUCCAUCGGUGGUACCUCCAUGGCUGACGACAUCGAGGCUUUCAGAUCCGGCGUCCAGAUUGUUGUUGGUACUCCAGGUAGAGUCUACGACAUGAUCGACAGAAGAUACUUCAAGACCCACAAGAUCAGAAUGUUCAUCUUGGACGAGGCCGAUGAGAUGUUGUCCUCCGGCUUCAAGGAGCAGAUCUACAACAUCUUCAAGUUGUUGCCAGAGACCACCCAGGUCGUGCUUUUGUCUGCCACCAUGCCUCAAGACGUGUUGGAGGUCACCACCAAGUUCAUGAACAACCCAGUUAGAAUCUUGGUCAAGAAGGACGAGUUGACCUUGGAGGGUAUCAAGCAAUACUACAUCAACGUCGAGGAGGAGGCCUACAAGUUCGACUGUUUGUGCGACUUAUACGACUCCAUCUCUGUCACCCAGGCCGUCAUUUUCUGCAACACCAGAUCCAAGGUCGAGACUUUGACUGCCCAAUUGAAGGAUAACAACUUCACUGUCUCCUCCAUCCACGCUGACUUGCCUCAAUCCGACAGAGACACCAUCAUGCAGGAGUUCAGAUCCGGUUCCUCGAGAAUCUUGAUCUCCACCGACUUGUUGGCCAGAGGUAUCGAUGUCCAACAGGUUUCCUUGGUCAUCAACUACGACUUGCCAGCCAACAAGGAGAACUACAUCCACAGAAUCGGUAGAGGUGGUCGUUUCGGUCGUAAGGGUGUUGCUAUCAACUUCGUCACUUCCCAGGAUGUCGGUAUGAUGAGAGAGAUUGAGAAGUUCUACUCUACCCAAAUCGAUGAGAUGCCUGCUGACAUCGGUGCUUUGUUCAGCUAA